AUGCUGGCGGAGAUUCACAAACUCACCAACGCUCCUGCGCUGCCCAUUUUUCGUCAGGCUGUCGACCUGGCAUCUCCGUCUGUCCGGUUGCGUAGUCAAAAGAAGAAUGCAAAAUCUUCGUUGAUUCCGACUCCACUCAACGAUCGACAACGCACCUUUUUUGCCGUUAAAUGGCUCCUAGCUGUCAGCAAGAACCGUAGCGAGAAGAAGAUUGAGGAACGGCUGGCAAAGGAGGUCGUCCGGAUCAUAGAGGGGGAAAGUGAGGUUCUCAGGAAGAAGACAGAAAUGCACAAGCUAGCGGUCGCUAAUCGUUCCAACGCCACGUUUAAACCGGGGAGAGCGUGA